GUCUUCUUCCCCCUCCCUAACUCUUCCUCCCCAGUCCCUCCCCUCCCCUCCCCCUUCCCUCCUCCGGCUCCAGCCUCUGAGGCCGCGCGGGUGGAGAAGGCUAUGGAGUAAGCUGGGAGCUUCGGCCCCGAGCGGAAGCUAAGCAGGAGCAGCCAGGAGGUGUUUGGCUGGGCGGGGGAAACGAGCCCCAGCACCGCCCCUCUCGGGAGAAUUGAGGAAGAGGUGAGUGACCGCCCACGGCCAUCGACUGACCUCCUUCACCGGUCACGCUCCCGCCUGGGCUCCCAAGGCCGGCGAGGAGGGAAUGGGGAAGACCCGCGCCGAGGCUAGGCCUCCCGAGGCCCCCACAGCUGGCGACUGUUGCUAGGUGACGGGCCUGCUGGCGGAGAGCUGGGCUGGCCGGGCGGUGGGCGCCCUGGCGAAGCCGAGCUGGGGGAGCGAGCUCCGGGGAGCGGAUCCGAGAGGCCCGAGUCCCCGGAAGAGGCCUUGAAGUGACGGGAGACCCGGGGCUGGGGCCGUCUGUCCCAGGGAGAGCUCCCGGCUCCGGCUCUGGAGCUCGGGUUUCCGUGGUGGAGUUCUUGCGUCUCUUUUGGGAAAUUGGAUACUACUCCAGGACUGGGUAACUGUAGCCAAUAUUGCAGCCAUGGAGUCCAUGCUUAGUAAGUUGAAGAAUACUGUUACAAAAGUGACAGCUGACGUCACUAGUGCUGUAAUGGGAAAUCCUGUCACUAGAGAAUUCGAUGUUGGUCGACACAUUGCCAGUGGUGGCAAUGGACUAGCUUGGAAGAUAUUUAAUGGCACAAAAAAGUCAACAAAACAGGAAGUGGCUGUUUUUGUCUUUGACAAAAAGCUGAUUGAUAAAUAUCAAAAAUUUGAAAAGGAUCAAAUUAUCGAUUCUCUAAAACGAGGAGUCCAACAGUUAACUCGACUACGACACCCUCGACUUCUUACUGUCCAGCAUCCUUUAGAAGAAUCCAGGGAUUGCUUGGCAUUUUGUACAGAACCAGUUUUUGCUAGUUUGGCCAAUGUUCUAGGUAACUGGGAAAAUCUACCUUCCCCUGUGUCUCCAGACAUUAAGGAUUAUAAACUUUAUGAUGUAGAAACCAAAUAUGGUUUGCUUCAGGUUUCUGAAGGAUUGUCAUUUUUGCAUAGCAGUGUGAAAAUGGUUCAUGGAAAUAUUACAUCUGAAAAUAUAAUUUUGAAUAAAAGUGGUGCCUGGAAAAUAAUGGGCUUUGAUUUUUGUGUAUCAUCAACCAAUCCUUCUGAACAAGAGCCAAAGUUUCCUUGUAAAGAAUGGGACCCAAAUUUACCAUCAUUGUGUCUUCCAAAUCCUGAAUAUUUGGCUCCUGAGUACAUACUUUCUGUGAGCUGUGAAACAGCCAGUGACAUGUACUCUUUAGGAACUGUCAUUUAUGCUGUAUUUAACAAAGGGAAACCUAUAUUUGAAGUUAACAAGCAAGAUAUUUACAAGAGUUUCAGUAGGCAGUUGGAUCAGUUGAGUCGUUUAGGAUCUAGUUCACUUACCAGUAUACCUGAGGAAGUCCGUGAACAUGUAAAACUACUGUUAAAUGUAACUCCAACUGUAAGACCAGAUGCAGAUCAAAUGACAAAGAUUCCCUUCUUUGAUGAUGUUGGUGCAGUAACACUGCAGUAUUUUGAUACCUUAUUCCAAAGAGAUAAUCUUCAGAAAUCACAGUUUUUCAAAGGACUACCAAAGGUUCUACCAAAACUGCCCAAGCGUGUCAUUGUGCAGAGAAUUUUGCCUUGUUUGACUUCAGAAUUCGUAAACCCUGACAUGGUACCUUUUGUUUUACCCAAUGUUCUACUGAUUGCUGAAGAAUGCACCAAAGAAGAAUAUAUCAAAUUAAUUCUACCUGAUCUUGGCCCUGUCUUUAAACAGCAGGAGCCAAUCCAGAUUUUGUUAAUUUUCCUACAAAAAAUGGAUUUGCUACUAACCAAAACUCCUCCUGAUGAGAUAAAGAAUAGUGUCCUACCAAUGAUUUACAGAGCACUGGAGGCUCCUUCCAUUCAGAUCCAGGAACUCUGUCUAAACAUCAUUCCAACCUUUGCAAAUCUUAUAGACUACCCAUCCAUGAAAAAUGCUUUGAUACCAAGAAUUAAAAAUGCAUGUCUACAAACAUCUUCCCUUGCUGUUCGUGUAAAUUCAUUAGUGUGCUUAGGAAAGAUUUUGGAAUACUUGGAUAAGUGGUUUGUACUUGAUGAUAUCCUGCCCUUCUUACAACAAAUUCCAUCCAAGGAACCUGCAGUCCUCAUGGGAAUUUUAGGCAUUUACAAAUGUACUUUUGCUCAUAAGAAGUUGGGGAUCACCAAAGAGCAGCUGGCUGGAAAAGUAUUGCCUCACCUGAUUCCCCUGAGUAUUGAAAAUAAUCUUAAUCUCAAUCAGUUCAAUUCUUUCAUUUCCGUCAUAAAAGAGAUGCUUAAUAGAUUGGAAUGUGAACAUAAGACUAAACUGGAGCAACUUCAUAUAAUGCAAGAACAGCAGAAAUCUUUGGACAUAGGAAACCAAAUGAAUCCUUCUGAGGAGACAAAAGUUACAAAUGUUGGGUCUCAGCAGAUUGACAAAGUCUUUAACAACAUUGGAGCGGACUUUCUGACUGGAAAUGAAUCAGAAAGUAAAGAGGAUGGGUUACAGAAUAAACAUAAAAGAGUAUCACUUACACUUGAAGAAAAACAAAAAUUAGCAAAAGAACAGGAGCAGGCACAGAAGUUGAAAAACCAGCAGCCUCUUAAACCUCAAGUGCACACGCCUGUUGCUCCACUCAAACAGACUAAGGACUUGACAGACACAUUAAUGGAUAAUAUGUCGUCUUUGACCAGCCUUUCUGUUAGUACCCCUAAAAUUUCUGCUUCAAGUACCUUCACUUCUGUUUCUCCAAUGGGCCUUGGCAUGGCGUUUUCUACACCAAUCGAUAAUACAAAGAGAAAUGUGACAAAUGGCCUAAACGCUAACAUGGGCUUUCAGACUUCAGGAUUCAGCAUGCCGGUGAAUCCAAACCAGAACUUCUUCAGUAGUCCAAGCACACCUGGAGCAACCACGAUGACACUGGGAACACCUUCCACUUUGCCAAACUUCAAUGCUGUGAGUGUUCCUCCUGCUGGUACAAAGCAGACACAACAGAGACCCACAGAUAUGUCUGCUCUAAAUAAUCUCUUUGGCCCUCAGAAACCCAAAGUUAGCAUGAACCAGUUAUCACAACAGAAACCUGGUCAGUGGCUUAAUCAGUUUGUACCUCCUCAAGGGUCUCCAGGUAUGAGCAGUUCGGUGAUGGGAACACAGAUGAACAUGAUAGGACAGUCUGCCUUUGGUAUGCAGGCGAAUCCUUUCUUUAACCCACAGAACUUUGCGCAGCCACCAACUACUAUGACUAAUAGCAGCUCAGCUAGCAAUGAUUUAAAAGAUCUUUUUGGGUGAGGUGUCUUGCUCCUAUUUUUGAAGGAUCACUUCAGUUUUAAUCAUGGGUGAGCUGCUUUCCAUCUUUAUAUAGUUGGCUUGGAGAAACUACUUCUAUGGGAAAGUGAAUGGUUCUGAGACAGAAAACACCUGUUUCCAUGCCACCGUAGUAGUUGCAUGGACUCCUAACAGUUGAGUUUUUUAAAGCAUUGAGGACUUUUUUUCCUCUUACCAACUUCUCUUUAGGUUUUUAAAAGACCAACCUUACCAAUCUCAAAGAGAAGAAAGGUACUUGAGUAUCUUGAAAAGCAGAAUUUUUUAAUCAAAUGUUUAUUUUGGCUUGUAAAUCUUAGUGUUAUUUAAAAUAUUGAGUUGAUGGUCAUUGCAAGUUUUAUCUAUGAAAUACUACAUGGUACAGUCUGCCUUCACAAGUCAUUAGUCUUCAUUUUAAUAUGUGAAAAAUCUUGAUGCUGUAUUGAUUUGUUUGCAUUUAGUAUGACUGAGUGAGAAAGUGAUAAGCAUAAUGAGAAAAAGAUCAGGUCACUUGCUUUUUCCAAUCGUAUUCUCAGAUGAACUAAUGUUUAGUACUGAGCAAGUACUGCAAAUGUUUAGGCUGAACAAAUAAAUGCAAAAUUUUAACUUAAUGUUGAUUUCAUUGGUUCAAACUAAAGGCAUUAUGAACCAUCUUAAAUGCAAACUAAUCGUUGUAAAUUACAUUUUAGCAUGGUCUGCCUCAAAUAGUAAUGUAUUUUUCUGCAUUGUAUAUAUUUAGAUUGACUUUUUUCCUACGGUAUCACAGACAGAAGAGGUAUGUACUGAUUUGUACAGAUACUUGACAAAGCCCUCUGAUGUGAUUUCCCUGACUAUUGCCUUCAUAUUUCAUUUUGAAUUCAAAAUUCUAAGGUUGCAGCAUAUAUGAAUUGCAUUUUCAAAAGGAGAUUUGUAAGAAUUAAACUAUAUUUAAUGAGUAAACUUUUGAGAUUUCUGCUGUUUUGUUUCAAAUAUAAUAAACUUUACUUCU